GGGUGGCAGCUGGACCAACUGUGUGUGCCCACAGGAAAUCAGAGACACUGGAGGCCUUCCAGGCUCUGGAGGAGGGCCGUGUGGACCGGCUCGAUGGCAAGACGCCAGUGCCACCCAGCAAAGGCCACCUAACCCGGAGGCGGUCCAGCCCCAACCUGCCCAGGGAGGGUCAGCGACUCUCCUGGCAGCUCGAGCAGCGCAGCAGAGACCCCAAAGAGCCCCGGCGUUCCCCCAGCCCAGCUCGGCACCCCGAGAAGGCCAGCAGGACCCGGGGGGACUCCCCACGCCCUGCCAGCCCUAGCUGGCUGCUGGAGAGAGGCAGCCGGAGCCCACGCUCUGCAAGCCCAGCCCGCAGGUUGGAGAGGAGAGCAGGGGAGCCCGUGAACCCUCCCUGUCGCACUGAGAAAAGCUGGAGAAGCCGAGGGGAGCCUGCCCACCCCCCAAAUUCAGACAGAGGCCGAGCCACCUGGCAAGCAGGGGGUAUACGGCAGGCACUGGAGAAGAAGAGCCGAGGGGAUUCCCUGCACCCCACAGGUGCUGGGAAGGGCUCAGAUAACUUCAGGCUGAGCCGAGUAGAGCCACCACCACGGGCCCUCAGUCCUGGGAGACGUACAGAGAGCACAAGGAAAAGCCAAAAGGAGAUCUCCCCUCCCAGCUUGGUGCGGGGGGCAGAGAGGCAACGAGUGAAGCCAGGGGAGCCGCUGCACCUUGCAGGGCCCAGGAAGCCAUCCGAAUGCAGCUGGCAGAGCCUCCGGGAAAAGCUGACAUCCUCACAGCCCGCAAAGGGCACCAGCAGUGACUGGAAGGGCCGAGGCAAGCCCCUGCGCCCCACAAGCCCAACGCGACCACUGGAGCAGGACUGGAGGGGCCGGGGGGAUGCCCACCAAGCACAGGUGUGGGAGAAGCACCAAGAGAUGCCCGUGUGCCAUGCAGAUGUGAUGCGCCAGCUGGCAAGGGACUGGAAAAACCCUGCUAAAUGUCUGGAUGUGGGACUACGGUCAGAUGACAGCUGGAAAAGGCCUGAGAGUCCAGCACAGCAUCUGGAAGAGGACUGGAAGGAUCCUGAGCAUGUACGAGAGACACACAACCCUGAGAAGCCAUUGGAAACUGACUGGGGGAACAAGAAUCUUCUCAUUUACCAUCCCCAGCUGGGUGGAAGCACCUUCCCACCACAAAGCAGCACUGGCUCCUCAGGAAGCCCGCAGCCACAUUUGAAUGCCAGUAAGAAGCGCAACAAGCCGGAUCUUCUCAAUUUCAAGAAGGGAUGGAUGUCCAUCCUGGACGAGCCCGGAGAGUGGAAGAAACAUUGGUUCGUGCUGACCGACUCGAGCCUGAGGUAUUACCGGGACUCGAAUGCAGAGGAGGCUGAUGACCUUGACGGAGAAAUCGACCUCCGUUCCUGCACGGAUGUGACAGAGUUUGCGGUGCAGCGCAACUACGGCUUCCAGAUACACACAAAGGAUGCCAUCUUCACCCUGUCAGCGAUGACCUCUGGCAUCCGGCGCAACUGGAUCGAGGCCCUGAGGAAGAAUGUGCGCCCAGUCAGUGCUCCAGACGUCACCAAUUCCUGCUCUGCUUUCAGACUCCCUGACUGUGACAAGGAGAACUUUCGUAACUGUGUUCCCCAGAAAGGCUCACUCCGGACGGAGGAGCAGCAGCAGCCGGGCUUAGGCUCCGAGGGGAACUCAAAGGGCAGUCACUGGAAGGCGGAUGGGCAGCGCCAUGCCUUUGACUAUGUGGAGCUGUCUCCCUUGCCACAAGACCCUGGAAAUCAGGGGUCCCUGCAGAGGACGAAAGGGAGCUUGAAGAUCUCGGACCGAACUCCCAGGUAUGAGGAGCUGGAGCGAGAUCUGGCCAUCCGUUCAGAGGAGAGGCGGAAAUGGUUUGAGACCCCUGAUGGCAGGGUCCCAAACAGCGAUGGCCCAGUAGGAGACCCUUCCCACAAGGCUGGGGAGCAGGACCUCCCCACUCCUCCGCUUUCGGAGGACCAACGGGUUCGUCUGAAUGAGGAGAUAGAGAAGAAGUGGCUGGAGCUGGAGCACCUGCCCUUGAAGGACUUGCGGCGAGUACCCUUGACAACACUGCUGAACCAGAGCAAGGCGGGCCAGGGAGACACCAAUGAGGCACUGAAAAAGGAGAUCCAGUCACUGCGGGCACAGCUGGAGUCCUGCAGGGCCAGAAAUGAGAGCCUUCGGGAGGCAGCAAAAUCCCAGGGGGACAGCCAUGUGCCCCGAGGGUACAUCUCACAGGAGGCCUGUGAACGAAGCCUGGCUGAGAUGGAGUCAUCCCACCAGCAAGUGAUGGAGGAGCUACAGAGGCACCACCAGCGGGAGCUGGAGCGGCUGCGGCAGGAGAAGGAGCGGCUCCUGGCAGAGGAGGCGGCGGCAACGGCAGCAGCCAUUGAGGCACUGAAGAAAGCCCACCGGGAGGAAAUGAAUAAGGAGUUGGGCAGGUCACGGAGCUUCCAGCAAUGCAGCUCACUCCCAGAAGCCCUCCAGAAGCAGCACCAGUUGGACGUGGAGUCGCUGAAGCGGGAGCUGCAGGUGCUUUCUGAGCAGUAUUCCCAAAAGUGCCUGGAAAUCGGGGAGCUCACCCAGAAGGCAGAAGAGCGGGAGCAGAUAUUGGAGCGCUGUCAGCAAGAGGGGAAGGACCUCCUCCAGAAAAAUCAGGAGCUGCAGACCCGCCUCUCGGAUGAGAUCGGGAAGCUGCGAAGCUUUAUUUCAUCGCGGGGCUCUGGGGACCGCGCUUCGCACAACAACGAGCGGAGUUCCUGUGAGCUGGAGGUGCUGCUGCGGGUGAAGGAGAAUGAGCUCCAGUACGUAAAGAAGGAGGUGCAGUGCCUCCGGGAGGAGCUGCAGAUGAUGCAAAAGGACAAGAGAUUUGCCUCAGGGAAAUACCAAGAUGUCUAUGCAGAGCUGAAUCACAUUAAGGUGCGCUCGGAGCGAGAGAUCGAGCAGCUGAAGGAGCACCUGCGCCUGGCCAUGGCGGCUCUGCAGGAGAAGGAGUCGCUGUGCAACAGCAAGUAACGGUCUGCUCUACAUUUGUUAUCUGUUCUUGUUUUGUAUUUGCUCCAUUCCUCACUUGUGGGGAGAGGGAGGUUGAAUCCCUAUCCGUUGCCACCUUGGUGAGGAAUCCCACACACCCCCAACCUCCUCACUCCCCUCCCAAAGCUUUUUUGAUGAACCCUUUUUGCCUGCAUACCUGAGCACGUUGUUUGGACUGGCUCCUUACAUGCACCUUCCUCAGGAUUUUAUAUGUGAAAAUUAUAUUUUAUAGAGGAUUUUUUUCCCCAUGGAAAGGAGGGGAAGAGGAGGAGGAAAACUUUUACUACAUCACCAGCAUUUUUCUAACCUGAAAAAGAGAACCUGGUUUUUCCCCCUUUCCUAGCUCCAUUUCUCCUGGCCACACACAGCCACCUUUGGCACAUAUUCCCUCUCUUCCAAAUGUCUCCAUGGUCCCCCUGGGAUGUACGGCAAGGACCAUGCUCCCCCUCCCCGUGCCGCCCCCAGGGACCUGCAGAGAAGACACGCAAGCCAUAGGAGGGAGCCGCUGGGGCUAUCUGCCAUGGAUGUGCUUGCCUGAGACAGUUGAAAGAGGACACCUUGGCAAGAGUCCACAUGAUCGAGCUCUCUCUCCGUGGCAGGAGCCCAGAGCCACGGGGCUUCUCCUUUCUGGGGAAGAGGAGCUGUGAGGCUGCUACUGCACCCGCCCGAGCCAAUCUCCCCAAGGUGACAGCUGCUGCUGCUCCGCUGUGCCCUUCAACUUUUAACUUAAUAAAAUCUUCCCCUUUCGCUGAGAAAAA